GUGGGUGGCUCCGCUCCCCGGGGAGCUCGUGGGAGGAAGCCGGGCGUUCCUUGCAGCCUCCGGCGUGACUUCCCCGAGAUGCCUUUGAUGGUCAGCGGCCAGCGGGUCGAUGUGGCUCAAUUGGCCAGACAGCGGCUUUAUGCCUACCCGGAGCUGGAGGAGAGAGCUAAACUGCUAAGGAGCCAGCCUGCUCAAACUGUGGGACCCCGAGGCCUUUUGUAUGUCCAGCAAAGAGAGUUCGCAGCGACUACUCCCAAAGACGGGUCUGUUUCGAUUCUAGGAUCGGACGACGCAACUACCUGCCACUUGGUAGUGCUCAGACACACAGGUAGCGGGGCCACCUGUCUGACGCACUGCGAUGGGUCAGAUACAGACAAUGAAGUCUUGUUGAUUACUAAUGCCGUCCGAGUGCUCUCUUCUAACACAGAGUAUGGAAGGCUGGAAUUGCAUCUAGUUGGCGGCUUCAGGGAUGACCGACACUUAUCCCAACAACUCACCAAUCAACUUCUUCGGGCAUUUGACCACUUGCAGGACAGUGUCCAUUUAGUGACAUUCUGUGUAACAGAGUUGAAUGACCGGCAAGAAAAGGGCAACCAUUAUCCACACGUUUAUGGAAUUGCAGCCAAUGUUAAGACUGGAGAAAUUUUCCAUGCCACUUUUCCAGACAAAGGACCAGAGGAGGAUUUGCGGUCUGCCAGUACCUUAACAGGAGCCCAGAUGGUUAACAUUUAUGACUCCAGAAAGGAGCAACUCUGUAUCGGGCCUUACUAUUGGAUGCCUUUCCACCAUGCUGAUUUCUGGCUGCAACAAGAUGAUCAAUACAUAUUGCAGAAUCUUUCGACAUCACCUCUGGCUGAGCCGCCUCACUUCAUUUCCCACAUCCGAGCUACUCUGUUGUGUUUGAAAGAACAUCCGUUUCCCGAUAGGACCUUGUUCCCUGGCAGGAAACCUUGGAUCUAUACCAAGAAUGAAGAUGGCCUCUGGGAGAGGGUUUCCUCCGAGCCAAUCUAACCUACAGAGGAGAAAUCGAGAAAAGACGGAUUACCAAACAAAGAGCUCUCAGUCAGAGACUGAGUUGGACUACAGAAUGCAUUAUAAUAUACAUAUGUGUAAUAGGCAGGAUACAGAAAAUAAUGUAUUAUGCCUAAUCUUCUACUGUACAAGUAGACCACAACAUAAGUGUUUUAACACUUGUUUGCACAGCAGGCUGUCUAAGUACAUUCAGAGGCAACACAACCUCAUAUUAUGGAGGCGAAUCCAACAAAGAUGUUAUUGCAGUGACAUUAUACUGGCUAGGUUCAGUCACCAGCUUAUCUUGUAAUGUGAAUAUGACAGCCAUCUUAUUGGGAUGUAUAAGGAAAUAUUCCUGGCAUCAUCCUAUAAGAGCAUUACAUCUGUGUGUGAGAUUGUUAUAUUGCAUUCCAUGCUGACUGCAUUUCAUGCAUCACCAAAGCCUUUGAACCUAACCACAGGUGCGAUGAAACUAAACGCAAAUGACAAAAUAAUAAAAUUGUGGAAAUCAUUGAAACAACCCCAGCGACGUUACCAACCAGUUUGUAGAAGCGAUCAAGCCAUGGUGCUGUGGUAUUGGAGGCCAGACACAUGUUUAGAGAAGUAAAAUAAAAGUUUUGAAGGGGGCGGAGGAUAGUUUGUUUCCACGAUUUCUGCUCAGGGUUAUACAGCCUUCCAAGGCUGCACCAGGCAACACUUAGCUGUUUAUUUCUUUAAAAAGGGGUCUGCUGCAUCUCACUAGCACAAGUAACCUGGAGGGUUAGUGAGAAGCAGCUUUGCAGACACAAUGCAAGACAGCAGAACUUUGGGUAUGAAGGGAAAUACCAGUGUGGCGUCAUGACUGGAUAAGGGCAGUUCAAAUUCUCACUUCAGCUAAGAAGCCCUGUGAGUGGCUGCUAGCCAACCUGUCUCCCCCUCCCCCACCCAGAAGUUGAUGAUACAACCUCUCCUUCCCUUUUUAUCUUUAUGAUAACCCUUGAAGAAUGCACAAUGAUGGUAAAGUGGCAUACUCAGUGACUCAUUCAAAGUUCUAACUCUACAGCAAGACACCUUUUCUCUGCAAUAAACCCAUUGAUUUCCAUAGUGCCUUUCCAUUAAAAGUUCCAGAUCUAUAGCAAGCUUAUUAUUGACUGUUCAUUACUGUAUUAAAGUUAUGCUGUAAGACACUCCGAGCCUAAAGGGGGGUGGUAUUAAAUCAAUAAUAAUUGCAACAAGCAGGGAUUGUCCUCCUGGCAAGCCUAGCCACCGAUUUCCAUAGUGCCUCUCCAUUAAAAGCUCUAGAUCCGUAGCAAGUUUA